AUGCAGGUGGAACUGAUCCCUGGAACAGUGGUACUGUUGAUUGUGUUUCUGUUCACACUCUGGGCCUUCCGGUUUCACCAAAGAAGAGUCAGAUUCCCUCCUGGCCCCAGACCGUGGCCCUUUUUAGGCAAUCUACUGCAAAGAGAUGUUCUGCCUCUGUUUAACUCCUACACAAAGCUCAGUAAAAGGUAUGGUCCAGUUUUUACUGUCUGGCUAGCUACAAAGCCAAUGAUUGUGAUUUGUGGAAUUGAGUCAGUGAAAGAUGCUUUGAUAACUCAUAGUGAAGAAUUUGGUGGACGACCUCCAGUACCUAUCCUUGAUUCAAUAUCCAAGGGCUUUGGGCUUAUUAGCAAACAUGAGAAAUGGAAGAUGGUGCGUCGCUUUACUAUUUCCACUUUUCGAAACUUUGGAAUGGGAAAGAAGUCGAUGUCUGAGAGGAUAUUGGAAGAGGCUCACUGUUUGUUAGAGCAGAUAGCAAGCUUUGAAGAUCAGCCCUUUGAUAUAGUACCACUUAUCAAAGCUACUGUUUCUAAUGUUAUAUGCUCUGUUAUCUUUGGGAAUCGAUUUUCUUACGAUGAUAAAGAAUUCACUAGGCUAUUGGAUACCUUGGAGGCAUUUAUGACUUUCUUUACGAGCAUUCCUGGAAUGGUAUACAGCAGUUUGCCAAAUAUCAUGAACUUACUUCCUGGCCCUCAUAGGAAAGUUUUCUCUGACUGUAAAACGGUCUGUAACUUUAUUAGGAAUGAAGUGGACACUCACAAGAAGACCCUGGAUCCAGACAAUCCUAGAGACUUUAUUGAUUGUUUCCUUCUUAAAUUAGAAAAGGAACAAAAUUCUUCCUUAAUCUGUAUGGAAGACUUGGUCAUGUCUGUGUUUCAGCUCUUCAUUGCUGGAACGGAAACCACAAGCAGUAGCAUCUCAUGUGCCCUUGUCGUUCUGGCCAGAUUCUCAGAUGUCCAAGCCAAAAUGCAGCAGGAAAUUGAUGACAUUGUGGGAGCAAACCGUGUUCCCUCCAUGGAGGAUAGGAUGAAGCUGCACUACACCAAUGCAUUUAUUCAUGAGAUCCUACGUAUUCCACACUUUACUAAUGAUAACUUCCCACGCAUGACAACUCGGGAUGUGAAUUUCAGGGGACACUUCAUCCCUCAGGGCACGACUGUUCUUCCAUUGUUGAUUUCAAUUCAUUUUGAUCCUGUGUGCUGGGAGGAUCCUGAAAAUUUUCAUCCAACUCAUUUCUUGGACAAGAAGGGUGAAUUUCAAAAGAAGGAUUCCUUUUUACCUUUCUCUGCAGGGAAGAGAGCAUGUCCAGGAGAAGCAUUGGCUGAUAUGGAACUCUUCCUGUACUUUACCUUUCUGCUUCAGCAUUUCACUUUUGAAUUGACAAUAGACCCUGAAGAGGUAGACUUAGAAACUGUGUAUUUGGGCUGUAGGGAAAAAGGAAAGUAUCGCUACUUACGGGCUAUCAAACGUAAAAUUUAA